AUGAACACCCGCCAAUCUAUCGACGAGUCCAUCGGACCAUAUUCAUUAUCAGCGACGUUCAAUCAUGACAACAGCUGCUUUUCAGUGGGACUGGACACAGGCUUCUGUGUAUAUAAUGCCAACCCUUGCGAGCUCAAGGUUCUCAGAGAUUUCAAUGCCGGAAUUGGGAUCGCAGAAAUGCUCGGUCAGUCAAACUAUCUGGCGAUUGUUGGGGGCGGAAAGAACCCUAAGUUCCCCCAGAACAAGUUGGUCAUUUGGGAUGAUGCCAAACAGAAAGCGGCUAUCACCCUUGAAUUCCGCACCUCUGUCCUAGGCGUUCGUCUAUCGAAGUCGAAGAUCGUCGCCGUGCUCUUGAACAGCGUUCAUGUGUUUGCGUUUUCCAACCCUCCAAAGAAGCUCUCGGUCUUUGAGACCUCUGAUAACCCAUUAGGUCUGGCCUGCCUUGACCAUAAGAUACUGGUCUUCCCUGGUCGGUCCCCGGGACAGGUUCAACUGAUAGAAUUGGAAACUGGCAACAUCAGCAUCAUCCCUGCGCAUAGUACUCCGCUCCGUGCGAUGGCCUUGAGUCCAGAUGGAAAACUACUAGCAACAGCUAGUGAGUCGGGAACGUUGGUUAGGAUUUUCGCUACUGGGAAUUGCACUAAGUUGGCGGAAUUGCGACGCGGUGUUGAUCAUGCAGUCAUAUUCUCAAUUGCUUUUUCACCAUCCAAUAAUCUACUGGCUGUUACAUCUGACAAAUCGACGCUCCAUGUGUUUGACCUUCCUCACCAACGACCCAUUAGUCGCCGCAGCCAGUCACCAACACCAGCAUCAGAGGAAGCGACUUCGAGCCAGAAAUGGGGCAUCCUUGGCAAAAUUCCUCUGCUUCCGCGUGUUUUUUCGGAUGUUUACUCAUUCGCCAGUGCACAUUUUGAGAUUGGCGAGGGAGCCACGCCCGGGUCAUCAUAUGUGCCAUCGAGUGGAUCGUCAUUUGGCCGGCCUCAAAAAGGUCUGAUAGGGUGGUGCGAUGACCAAUCCCUCUUAGUGGUGGGGUCCGGAAGGGAAGGGCGCUGGGAGAAAUUUGUGCUGCGAGAAGGCGAGGAAGGCAAGAGAUAUUGUGUGCGGGAUGGAUGGAAAAGAUAUCUUGGUGGCAGCUGA